GAACAAACGCAUUGCGCACAGUGGGGCAAGCUAUGCGAAUUGGAGAACUGAGAGCUAACGGAAAUUGGCACUUGGCGGCGGAGUAAACAGCAGAGUUCGCACCACGGCGCUCGCAUCGCUGACGUCAUCGACGCGCUCGGCAAAGGCAAAGUCGAAGCAGCAGCGGAAGGAGUGCAUAAGCUGAGGCAGAGCGAGGGAGAGGACAGCGAGCGUGAGAGCGGGAGCGGGAGAGGGAGAGGGGCAGUCACUGUCACAGUUGCCCGCACAACAGAAGCAACAACAGACGCAGCUACUACGAUAAGCCGCCAAGCUGAGAGCAUCGCAGCAUCGGCGCUCACGAGUCGAGCUCGAAUUGCAAGUGGAAGCCGAAGUCGAAGUCGAAGUCGAAGUCGAAGUCGAACUGAAGCUCGGAUAAGGCAGUGCAAUGGAGGCAAGGGCGAGCGCUAGGCCAGUGACGCCCGGAACACCGGACUCGGCGCACUUGAUGAUUGGCGCAGCUGGCUACGUGGCCCACGAGCGGAGGCACCAGCCCAAGCGACUGAUGAACUGUUUUCGAGAUCGUUCGACCUCCACGUCGUCGUCGUCGUCGCCCUCGACGGCUGCGCACUAUGGGCGCGCGCACAGCUCCACAUCGGCGGCGCUGCUGCGGCUGGAGGCGGGCGCGGGCUCGAACUGUACGCUGGAUCAGGCGGGCCUCGCCGUCGGCGCUGGUCGCCCGGAGGCCGUCGUCCUGCUACGCGAGCUGCGCACCAAGCCGAACAAAUUGACGCUGCUGAAGAGCAGCAGCACGCGAGAUCUGACACGGCUGCUGCUGGACGAGUCGUCGGCGGGCACGACAGCGGUGCUCGUGUCCAAUGGCAGCCUGGACGUGUGCUCCUCCGGCAACUCCUCGGCGGGCAGUCCGCGCAACGGCAGCCGCGAGUGCUGCUCGGUGUGCGGCAAGCGCUGGCAGCAUCUAAAGCAGCGCAUGCACACGCUGGAGCAGGAUCUGCAGGCGCAGACGAGCUACAGCCAGGAGCUGGAGCAGAAGCUGGCCGAGAUGAGUCGCCAGCUGACAGAGCUGCAGCAGCAUCAGCAGCAGCAGGAGAAGCGACUAGCGGCAGCCGCUGCAACUGCAGCUGCACCGCCAGCAGGAGUACCUGGCAAACGGCAGGGCGGCACACCUGUCCGCCCCUCCCGGCUGGUCGCCUGGAUGAACCUGGCCAACUGGUGGAAGAGCCGGCCCAGCGUGGAGACGCUGCGCGAGCAGCGCAUCUUCUUCGACGAGCCCUGCUUCGACACGGAACUGGAGCUGGUGCUCAAGCACGAGCAUCAUCGCACCGUUCCACGCAUUGUGAUCGACUGCUGUGACCUGAUCGAGCAGAAGUAUCGACGCUCCGCCCAGCCCGUGGAGGGCAUCUAUCGGCAGUGCGGCGACUACAAUAAGAUCCAAACGCUGCGCUUCAACAUCGAUGCCAACGACUACGAUGCACUGCGUCAGCCCAACGUCGACAUACACACACUCACCGGCGUACUAAAGCUAUUUCUGCGCGAGAUCAAGAGCCCUCUGAUCAGUGUCAACGAGGCCAAAACCUUUAUUGGCCCGCCCAAUCAGUGGCUGCUCACCGAUCUGAACCAGAAGCUGGAGAUACUCAAGAGACUGAUGCGCUCGCUGCCGGAGAUCAAUCGCGACACCUUGGACUAUCUCUUUGGCCACUUCAAUCGAUUGACCAAGGUGCCGCUGCAGCAAAUAAGCGCCGAAACGCUAUCGAUAUCGAUAACACCAUCGAUAUUUCACACUGUGCCACAGGGCGUGCACAUGAAUGACAUACAGGCGCUGCUUCGCGAAGGCGAAACUCUGGCCGACUGCGUGAACCUGAUGAUCGAGUACCAUGCGCGCAUAUUCGAAUGCACGGCCGAUCGAGGAUUAAAGCGUCUCAGCGUGCGAAAUCUGAAGAAGACGCUCUCCCAGCCGGAUUUACUAUUUCAUAAUAUAUUCUGAUAAACCAAUUAACCGGACACUUUGAGCUUAACGUGACCCCAAAUACGUUAAACGUAUAACAAUUAUUGUAAAUAUUCCACAUAUGAUUUUAUAUACUGUAAAUAUUCGUAAUAUAUAUAUACAUA